CGAUUCUAAUAUUUUUGUGGUCAUACAUUGGACUUUGGUUCAACUAAUCUCGUCGUCACAUGAGAAAUUUCUUCAGUUUUGUUUGGUAAGAGCAUCUCAAAGCGGAGGAUUAUUGCUCAAUUUCGGCAAACAUAGUAAAAAGCAUCAUCAGAAACAGAGGCAAGUCAUGAUUCGUCCGCUGAAACCGGCACACGUGACCGUGACUGUAUUGAUAUUACAAGCCAACUCUUUACACUGUUACAGAUGCCAUCAUCUUCUAUCCUUUUUAACACCAGCUAAUGAAGUUAUCAUCACCAUUAGAGAGACUUAAGAUGGGUUACCUUAUUUUUAAGAAACCCUGUCAUUUUGUUGGAUCCAUAUUAGGAGGUUUAAUGUCUCUUCUUUUUUCUUUUUUAACUUAAAGAUGUGAACUUUCUUGAAGAUUUAAAGUAGUUUAGAUCCCCACAACCUGUAGUUAAUCUAACAAUAUAAGAUUGCCCAAAAUGUUGAGACUGGUGUGGAUAAAGUAAAACUAUAAAACGGGUAUUUAAUGUUAAAGAUUUAUAUGUCAUAUGGGUUAGGUGUAAGUUAGCUUGUAAGUAAAAUAUAUAAUCUUUCUCAAUUAAAAGGACCCUUUUAAAAAUAAAAUCGUAUGAGUUUUUGAGUCCGAAGCGAACAAUACCAGGGUGUAACAGAAUUUACUACAAAUAUUUUUUGAAAAUUUUGAGCCAGUUCUGCAGUGCAUGCUCAAACAAACAAACAAACGGACACACCGUUUUAGUGCAGAUGUGUUCUGUUCCCGGAGUACUCUGUAACAGAUCUCACUCUCUCACUCACUACUCGCAGCCAGCCUCUCUCUUUCACUUUCUAAAAACUUUUCUCUUUGGCUUUCUCUCUCGCCAUAACUGGCUGAGUUACUCUCCCUGUGUAUUCUAUGAAAGAAACCCAUAAAUCUUCGCCAAGUGCAAGUGAAAGUUUGGGCUCUGAGAGAUCUGAUAAAGCCUUCAUAAUCGAAACGGCUGGUUUUUGGGGAUCUUUCAGGACUUAACUUGAUGGAUCCUUCUUAGGCUGCUUACCUGCUUCUUUUAUGUGAUUUGCACUUUCAAGCUGAAUGGAUUUGUUCUUGUUAGUUCAUGCACUGAAGGGGUACCAUUGGAGAGUAGCAUUUGCUCUGAAUUCGAUUUUUCCCAUUCCUCUUAAGUAUUGCUUAUUUGGGUUUCUGCCAUUGAUGUUUUCUUGUUAAGUUGAGUAUGUCUUUCUUGCACCUUUGCUUGAGUGAUAAAGUGUAGAACUUUGGGGAAAUUUGGCAAGUUUGUGGUUCUUGCCUUUAAAAUUGAUUAUGCUGUUUUUGAUGGAGGAUUUUUGAUUGCUUGACGUUGGAAAUCUUAAUAACCGGGGUUGUGAGGAAAUUUUGACUGCUCUUUAAAAGCCAUAAUUGUGAAAGAUCUGGGGGCGGUUACUGCUCGAAGAAAAUGCGAUACAAUUUCAUUCAUUCCAGCAACAAGCAAGAAGAGAUUCUGCAUUAAUAUUCUGAUAAUGACCAAGGCUGUGAGAGAUAGGAUACUCAAGGAUGCCAAUGGUGAUAUCAGUGAUCAUCUGCGCAACCAUAUUCACUUGUCUAACUGUAUUCACUUGAAGAACCAUAUGCACAAACAAAAUCCAAUAUUAGUUGAUAGGGCCCUCGUGAGGGACCUUAUUGUCCUUCAGAGGUCUCGAUUGCUCAGGGAUCCUUCUGCUAGUCCUCCCUCGUGGCAUUCACCUUCUGUUUUGGAUUUGCUCCCCAAGAUAAGUGAGAAAGAUUCCAUAAUUCGAGAGAAGAGAAGGUCAAAUGCGAAUGGGCUGCGGAGGGAAGGUAGGCGAUUGUCUCGAAGCUCACCACCCUUAGCAAGUGUUGCACCAUCAAAAGUAGCUCCGGAUGAGGACAGUGACGGCAAUGAUGGGGUAGCGGCCUUCAGUGAGAGUGGCAAGAGUGCAAUUCGGGAUCGAAGAAAAGUUAGGAGGGAAGAAUCUGGUAGAAAGAGUAGUCGGACUGAUCUCUUGGGUGGCGGUGAGGAUGCUAUAAGAGACCAAGGGGGUAAUGAUUUAGUUCAUGAUGUUGUUUCUCAGGGUUCUCAUUCUAAAGGUGGAAUGAGUAGACAAAAGGGGAAGCAUAGUCAAGAAGUUCCUUUAAAGUCCCUUUCAGAUCAAUUGAAUGAUAUUCCAGUUGAUAGUGAUGAUUUAGGAUCUUCUAAUGUACAUCAUUAUGGAAGAUAUUCUAGACAAGAGAAAGCUGGUGAUGAACCUGAAGCCAGCAUCUGUGGUCAAUCAGCUGGAUUAAAUAGGGGGAAAAGACGGAAGUUUCGAGGUGGCAGAAGAGCUCAUGCUGCUCCCACGUCGAGAGAUGUUGGUGCACAGAGCGAAAUGUCUGUUGCUUCUAAUUCAUUUGCGCAAGGUUCGGUGCACCCAAAACAUCACAUGGAGGUUGCAGAGGAAUUUGGUGACCAAAGUGUCACGAGGGCUCCUAGGAAUGGCUGUGGAAUACCAUGGAAUUGGUCUAGAAUUCAUCAUAAGGGUAAAACAAUCCUUGACAUUGCAGGAAGGAGUUUGCCUUGCGGUCUGUCAGAUUCCAGAUUAAGGAAAGGUGGCAUGGCUCCUUGUGGGAGAGAUAUUAAUGGGAUGCCUGUGGCAUCAGAUCAUUCAAGUUCAUCUACUAAGUCAGAUGCGGAGGCAUUGCCUUUACUCGUUGAGGCAUCUGCAUCUCAGGGAAGUACUUCCAAUGUUUGUUGGGCACAUGAUUACUCUGGAGAGUUGGGAAUUUUUUCUGAUCAUUUUUUAAAGCAUGAUGUUGAUUCAGACCUUGCUUCCGAGGCUAGAUCUGGUGACCAACAAAAACUUCGGGGAAGUCACCAUGGCAGGCACCAAAAUCUGACACAAAAAUACAUGCCAAGAACAUUCAGAGAUCUGGUUGGGCAGAAUUUGGUGUCACAAGCUCUGUCUAAUGCUGUAAUUAAACGGAAGGUAGGGUUGCUGUAUGUUUUUUAUGGACCACAUGGCACCGGGAAAACCUCUUGUGCUCGUAUAUUUGCCAGAGCCUUGAAUUGUCACUCUCUGGAGCAUUCAAAACCGUGUGGCUUUUGCAAUUCUUGCAUUGCUCAUGACAUGGGCAAGAGCCGAAAUAUAAGGGAAGUUGGGCCGGUCGGCAAUUUUGAUUUUGAGAGCAUUAUGCGUCUACUCGACAAUGUGAGCAGAUCCCAUCUGCCAUCAAAGUACAGAGUUUUCAUUUUUGAUGACUGUGAUAGUCUGUCCCCUGAAUGCUGGAGUGCCAUAACGAAGGUCAUUGAUCGAUUUCCGAGAAGCCUAGUUUUUGUGCUUGUCUGCUCUAGCCUUGAUGUUUUGCCUCAUACAAUCAUAUCCAGGUGCCAGAAAUUCCUUUUUCCAAAGCUGAAGGAUGCAGAUAUUAUCGAUAGUCUGCAGUGGAUCGCAUCAAAAGAAGAUAUAAAAACUGAUAAAGAAGCACUUAAACUCAUUGCAUCACGAUCAGAUGGAUCGCUAAGGGAUGCUGAGAUGACUCUUGAGCAACUGAGCUUGCUUGGGCAGGCAAUAUCUGUUCCUCUGAUUCAGGAAAUGGUUGGACUUAUUUCUGAUGAAAAAUUGGUAGAUCUUCUUGAUUUAGCAUUUUCUGCGGACACAGUACAUACUGUGAAGAAUUUGAGAGUGGUAAUGGAAACUGGAGUGGAGCCUGUAGCUUUGAUGUCACAGCUUGCUACAGUUAUAACUGAUAUACUUGCUGGUAGCUAUGAUUUCACAAAAGAAAGGCACAAGAGGAAGUUUUUCCGGAGGCAACCUUUGUCCAAAGAAGACAUGGAAAAACUGCGCCAAGCUUUAAAAACUUUAUCCGAGGCUGAGAAGCAGCUGAGGAUAUCAAAUGACAAACUAACAUGGCUAACAGCUGCAUUGCUUCAACUUGCUCCUGAUCAGCAGUAUAUGUUUCCUAGUUCUUGUGCGGAUGCUAGUCUUAAUCAGAGUCCCUUGGCUCUGAAUAAUGCUGGUGGAAGAGGUAUGUCCAGAAGACGUGGCGAGCAUUCUGAGAUGCCCAACAAUGAACGUGGCUUGUCAGCAAAUGUUAGAUUGGAAAAUUAUAAAGCUGGAGGUUCUGGUGAUUAUGUUGAUAAUGACAUGAUGAAAGGUUUUACCAUAGAUCGGAAACAACAUGCUGGGGCAGAAAUAGUUCCUCGGCGGACAUCUGCACUCACUUCUGAUAUGUUUAAAGUGAGUGAUGGACAUAUUCCAAGUAAAAAUUUCAAGACAAUUGAAGAAAUUUGGUUGGAGGUGCUUGGGAUGAUCCAAAUUAGUAGCGAAAGACAGUUCCUGAACCAACAUGGAAAGCUGCUUUCUGUCAGUUUUGGUGCAGCUCCAACUGUGCAGUUGAUGUUCAGCUCGUAUUUGACAAAGUCAAAAGCAGAGGACUUUCGAGAUCACAUUUUACAUGCAUUUGAGUCUGUUCUUGGAGGUCCAGUGACAAUUGAAAUCCGGUAUGAUUCAAGGAAAGACACAAGUGCAGCUUAUCUGCUGCCGACAUUAUCAUCCUCUAAGAAUGGCACAACUCAGAUUCCUACAGCAAGACAUUAUGAUAUUACCAAAAGGAUCCCUAGGAAUGGGGAAGUUGAUGGAGUUGGCAACCAAUCUCAACUAGUGCAUUCGGAAUCUCAUGAAAUAGUCGAAGUUCCCACUUCUCCUAGGGAGUUUAAAGUUGCUGAUGGUAAUGGUACACAGAUGGGAGAGGCAGGGCCUUCAAACAAGGUAUCAUUAUCGAUUACCUCAGGUAGAAGGAAACUUGGGGAACGGAGUCAGAGCCAGAGCAUUGUGAGAAGCAAGGUCUCUCUCGCUCACAUGAUUCAGCAGUCCGAAGGAUCACAGAGAAGUAGUUGGUCAACACGCAAGCCAUUUUCCAUUGCAGAAAAGCUUGAACAAGAGAAUCUGAGGCUGGAACCAAGAUCUAAAAGCUUGUUGUGCUGGAAGGCGUCGAGAGUUACUCGUAGGAAGCGUUCUCGUUUGAAAACUAGGACAAGAAAGCCACAUUCAUUGCUGAAGCUUGUCUCCUGUGGAAAAUGUCUCUCGUCCCGGUCUCCACGGUAAACAAGCCCUGGGUGGUUCCUCGGUAUGACUUCGUUUACCAUAAUACUUGUGUAAUUAACAAUUUUUCUUGCCGUUUAGAGGGUCUGUUCUAUCUGUCAAAUUUCUUUCAUCCUGAAUAAAUGUAUUUCUGAUGAGAAACGUAGGAAAGAAGUUUAGGGUUGUAGUCCUUGAUAUUCAUUUUAGCUGCAGUGAGAAACGUAGGAAAGAAGUUUAGGGUCUGCUUGAAUGCAGAAAAUGGUGGACUAUAGUGAUAUCAAGCAUUCCCACUGCGGCUUCUUGUUAAGUACACAAUGCUUCUUUUUUUCUUAUUCUAUAUGAUUAAUAAAUUGCUACCGGCGAACAUGUGGCGAACAAGUGGCAAACGUGUAGCGGGCCAAUGGUAGAGUAGUAGGGGUGCAACUUAGAAAUUCAAUUCUUGAAAGGCUGAAAACAGAUUCUUCACAUGUUAUGUGGAGAUAAAGUUUUCAUACAUCUCGUUUGUCUCCGAUUCCAUUCACUGUGGAGCCUUGUCAACAUAAUUGAUUAAUUGUUCC